UUUGGGAGCCUCUGUUGCCGACUGUGAGGAAACUGAUACAAAAUUUCAGGCAGGUUCUGCACGGGCCAGUCAUCUGCAUUGUGGCUGCAUUUUCGGUCUUCCUUGCUAGCCAGGUGAUACUUUGUAGAAGUUUAGUGCAACUACAUGCCCCCUGUCACUCGGCAUGCUUGGAAGGAAGUAGGAGACUCAGCAAUUCUUCUUCAAAGUCAGCUUGUGGAGAAAACGAUUUGCAGCUGUGCAUCACUAACUAUUUCAAGAGGCGUGGCACUGGUAUGGGUUGGGACUCUACCAACUACACUUUCAUGAUGGACGAUGGCUGCUGGGCAGAUCUACUCCAGGUGAACAAAGGCUACGGAAGAUUUUAUGAUAGAUCAUGCCUCGUUUUUUAUUUGCUUGAAGCAGUGUUCAUGAAUCAAGGCGCUACUGGGGACUACAGCCCUCAACAUGAACUAUCACCUCUCAACUCUGAAGAGGAGUUGGAAAUGGAGAAUGCUAUGAGAGGUGCUAGGGGAAAGGACUUUGUAGACGUCGGUUCAUCGGAUGAAGAUGUUACGAUGCCGUCGACUAGGAAAGGGAAAGGGAAAGGGAAAGCACAAAUCGGGAGACAUGUCAACCGAUUCAUUCUUCUCAUGUCGAACCAAUUCCGACAAUAUAUCCGUGCUCUAGAUAGCAUUGAGAAUUUGAGAUCCAUUUGAGUGGCAAAAAGGGCAAUAGCAUGAGUGGUUCGGUCUCUUCACCCUUGAAGACAGCACAUCGUCCUUUGGAUGCUGAUUCCGAGCUAAAAGCUGCCUUGGCAGAGCUUUGUGGCCUGAAUCUAGACAUAAAUGUGCAUCUAAAGGUUGCAGAUGCAUUAAAGGAUGCUUCGAUCGGGCGAUUUGGGCCACUUGCAAGACUGAUGUUGCCCGUCUUGCAUUUGUGAGGCACCGAGGGUUCUUACCCCCAGAGUAGAUGGAGCCUUAUCCAUUUUAUCUUUGUUACACUUAUGAGAGCUCAUGUUAUGCAUGUGUUUUUGUCCCUGCUAUGUCAUUUGAGUGUUGACAUAGUAUUAGCUUACGUAUGAGUAUGCCUUAACUUUAUUAGCGAUUGUGCCACUGUACCAGGGAAGAGUUUUCCAUUUUUCUUCCACUGAUUUUUUUUUCCAAUUUGACUCUAUGAAACAAUGUUGCCGCGGCUGGCCACUUCCCUUUAUUUCUCCGUCAUUGGAUUGGAAACCCUUGAUUUAUUACUUGACAAGUGACUAAUUGUAAUUACAGCUGUCUUGAUAAAAAUAAUACAUU